AUGAUUCUGGGUCUUUUGAUCCAUGUUUGGGACUUGUGUGGUCUCUUACCACGAAAUGAAAUGGCCGUUGGUGGGCUGAUUGAUUUCCUGACCGAGAUCAACUGGGCUAUUGAUACGGUUCACCCCGAACUCUUCACGUCUCAAAAUGCAGAACUCUAG